UAUAUAUCUAUUUAGAAUUGUUGCAUUGGUGGUGAAGUAAUCCAAAACCAGAAUUCAACAUGCAGAAACUUAUUAUUAUUUUUGUCUUCGCAAUUUUUGCUUAUGCAUUAGCAGUUGAUUGUCCGGCUGAAGACGGCGAAAUACCCGUGUAUUACCCCCAUGAGACAGAAUGCGGAAAGUUCUACGAAUGCCAUAAUGGAGAAGCCGCCCUUCUUGAUUGCGCACCUGGAAGUUAUUGGGACUCGCGACAGAAUACUUGUAGCAGUGAAGUAAAUUGUGGUGAUUUGCUGACUUCGACUGCCCCACCACCCACCACAGAGUCCGACAGACGUACAACAGACUCGGAAUAAUUUAUAAUAAUAAUAUAUAAUAAAAACCUAAGUUUA